AUGAAGUUCGGCCAGGACUACGAAGCUGCCCUCGCCCGCGGCGAAUAUCCUCCGGACUGGGUGAACUCUGCGAUCUCCUACAAAAAGCUCAAGAAAUGCAUCAAACGCGUGCAACAAGAACUUCUGAGCCUCGGGCUGGACAAAGAGACCCUUGAUGCGCUGUGGAAGCACGUUGGCUCAAAAGGUUCGGAUGCGGACGGAAGAGUAACUGAUAGCUUGCUCCAGUACACGGUCAAGGAUGGUGAGAAGGUCAGCUUCACGCCCAAGCUGACCAUCGUGGUCGACCCUCGUGAUGGCUCCCCCAUGGACGCAUGGCUGAGCCCGGAUACCCGCAGGAUCUUACGACGCCUUGCCCGGUCGUCCAGCAUUGAUAGCUCUCAGAACCAGGAUGGAGUUAGUCUCGAGCAACCCAGAAUUCCCAAUGAUUGUGACAAGAGUGGACAAUCGUUGGACAAUAAGGAGGAGGAGCAGCAGCAGCAGCAACCGGGGAACACGGUGGAAGUGCCUUUGACUGCCGAUUCAGAGUUCUUCCAGACACUCCGACGGGAAUUAGCAUGUCUAGACGACCUGCAACAAGCCGAACACGCCCGCCUCCAGGAGGAAAUCACCCGACUCGGCAGCGAACUCCGCGCACUACGAGCGAGUAGGUCCAGACGGUCCAAAAAGGAGGUCGAAGCAUGGCGAAAGAUCUUCGAACUUUACUCGGAUGCCGAAGUCUUCCUCUCCUCUCAUGAGGUCGAUGCAGGUGCUCGAGAUGCGGCACAUGCCCAACAGCAAUACCAACUUUUCAACCAGUCUCUUGCCACACAGCAGAAGAAUGAUGUCUUGAAGCUGGGAAAAGAGGCGAAUGCCGCUCUGUCUCGCUUCCUCCAGAUCAACGUCAACCUUUUGCGGCUGCUCAAAUUCCAAGAAAUCAACCGCACCGCGCUCAGCAAGAUCAUGAAAAAGUUCGAUAAGCGCACGUCUUUGCACGCGAAAAGGUCGGUGGCACAGUCACUCACAAAGACCUCUCCGUUCAUGGCAGAGGAUUUGGCCAAGGCCACGUGCUUUACCAUCUCGGAAGAAGUGUUGAGCAUCAUCCCACAGCUCAACGAUUACCUGUGCCCGAUAUGUUUCACCAUCUCAUGGAGACCCAUCCGAUUACGUUGUGGGCACUUGUUUUGCAUCCGAUGUAUGGUUAUCAUGCAAAGGGAGGAAAAGGAUCAUUGCCCUCUAUGUCGAGAGGGGGUUGUCAUGGAGGCGACUGAAAGCAACAUCGACAAAACGAUGGUCAAGUUCCUCAAGGCCAAUUUCAAAGACGAUGUGAAGGAGAAGCAGCGGCAAAACGAGAUCGCAGCUGGAAUCGACCAGUGGGGUGCUGCUUAUGAGCAUGCUCAAAUGCAGAAAUGCGUUAUCAUGUGA